AUGACUCUUCAAAGCAAGUCAAUUUGGGACAUAGGUACAGCCGUAACUGACCAGAUAAAUGCAAUAUCAGCAUAUGAGUUCCAGCACUGCUAUGAAGACUGUAGCCAGUUACCUAGAACACCGCAGAGCAGAGCGGAUGAAGAAAUAGAGGAAGCAGACGAAUCGGAAGAAGAGGAGGAAGACGAAGAGGAAGAGGAGGAUGAAGAAGAUGAUGAUGAUGACGAGGAUGAUGAUGGUAAAAGAAGACGACGACGUCAAAGGCGUAGACGAAGGGAUGACUCAGAUGAAGAUGAUGAUAAUAAUUCUUACAAAGGUUCUACUAUGUGCUGCAUUUUGUAA